AUGGCAAACUCACAUUUAGAUUAAUUUAUCCAAUUCGAGAAACGACUUGGUAUAACAUAAAAAAAUUUUGAAGAUAAAUAUUUAUUUCCUAGCUUACGUAAUAAAUUAAUGUAAUUAUCCUCUUAAUCAAAUGAGGUAAUAACGUAAUUAUUAGACUAACCUCAUGUUAAUUUAUAUUUAUCAUUUGGUUCAGUUAUCUAAGCUGACAUUGAUGGAUUUACAAAAGAACAAUAAACAUUAUUUCAUUUUUACGGAGCAAGUAUUAUAUCUGAUGCUUGUUAAUUUUUAUAAUUACCAAUUACAACAUGUGUGUCUGCUUAAACUAUUUUACAUAGAUUUUAUACAAAAUCUUCUUUUUUAAAAUUUGAUAUAAGAGAUGUAGCAUUAGGUGCAGUUUUUUUAGCUGGAAAAGCAUAAGAAACUAUUAGAAAACCAAGAGAUAUUGCAUAUGUAUUUGAUUAAAUAUUUAAAUUUCAAAAUAUAAAAAAAGUAACAAAAGAAAUGGAGAGAUAAAUAUUGAAAUAAUUGGGCUUUGAAUUAUAUUAAAUAACAUGGAAUGAGCAGCCACAUAGAUUAAUGUACUUCUAUAUUAAUUUGUUCAAAUCAAAUCCAAAUAAUUAGUAGACAAUGUAAUAAUAGAUAUAAUUUUAGAAUUUCACUCGAAAAGCAUUUAAUUAUCUAAAUGAUUCCUAUAGGACUGAUUUAUGUUUGUUUUUACCAUUUUAAAUGAUAGUUGCUUCAUGUAUAUAUUUAGCUUUCAGAAAAGAGAAAAUGGAAGUUCCAAGAACUCCUUGGUGGACUAUAAUGGAAACUUCAUAUGAGAAUUUGAUGUUAGGAGGUGGUAAAAUACAAAAUAUUUAUAAUUAAUUUAGUAAAAAAAUGCCAAAGUUUGAAGAUUGCAAAAAGAUACUGGAUUUAAUUGCUUAAAAAAAUAAUAAUUAGGAAAGAUUUCCAGUUAAAUAUAUGGAAGAAAAUUAUUCUCUUAUAAGCCUUUAAUAGAUUAAUAAUAAUUAAGAAAUUUCAAUGAUUGAAAACAAUAAAAAACUAUAAAAUAUUCAAUAUUUAUAAUAAUAAUAAUUUAAUAUUAUGAAAUAAUAAUAAAAUAUAAUGUAUUCAUAUUAAUAACCUUUCUAAUAGAAUUAAAUUUCUUAAUAAUAAUCAUAGUAGUCUAAUCUUCAAACUCUAUUAUCUUAACCUAUAAAUUAUUAUAAUUAAUCUUAAAUGUUUGCUUAAUAAUAAUAAAUAUAAUAAUAAUAAACAUAAUAAUAAUAAAAUAAUUAAUAAAAUUUCAAUGUAUCAUCAAAAUCAUAAUAAAUAAUAAAUAAAGAUAGAUCAUAAUCUUAGCAUAGAGAAAGAGAAUAAUUUUCAUAAAGAAAGCGUUCUUAUUCACACCAUAAAAAAUCAAAAUCUAGAAAACGUUCAUAUAGUAGGGAUAGAAAAAAAAGAAAUAAAGAAUCCCGAAGAUCAUAAGAAAAGAAAAAUAUAGAGAGAAAAGCCCAAAAAGAAAUAGAAACGGAUCUAAUCAUCGAGAUAAAGAUUUAAAUUAAAAAAAUUAUUAUUAAAAUAAUAACUUUUAAUAUUAAAAUGAUAAUAAAAAUAACAAUGAUUAUAAAUACAAAGAUAGUAGAGACCGAAAAGAUAAAAAAAGAAGUACAAGUAGACACCAUAAAAAUAAAAAACAUAACAAAAAUAAACGUAGUUAUUCAGAAAAAAGAUACUAAAAUAGAAAAAGUUAAGAAAAUAAUAAAGAAAAAAAAAAGAUGA